UCAUCCAAACCGUACCUUCCAUCAGAUCAAACAGCAAAUGAGAAAAGAUCCACCAUCUUCCUCCAGUUCACGGUUCAGAUUUAACACAAAAAUCAUCUGUGCACCACAGGACGAGAGAGUACCGAAGCAUUUUAAUCAGGAUAACGCCCGAUCUCUUCAAUAAUUGCCCACGAAGAGAACCCCCGCGCAAUUUUGAACUUUCUUCUCCUCCACUUUUCUUUCUGUUUCUCUUUCCUCCAUUCUGAAAUUCCAAAAAUCACAUACAUAUAUAUAUAUAUAUAUAUAUAUCAAUAUAUCAAUAUAUAACAGAGGAGAGGGAGAGAGAGAGAGAGAGAGAGGUGGAGGUUGCAGAUUGUGAAGAGGAAAAUCCUGAGGAGUAGCAGGAGAGAGAAGAAGAGAAUGAAGGGGUCACUGGCUGGACACUUGACUGUUGAGCAGCUAGGUCAAGUCUCUUUCUUCCCUCUCCGUCAACAAUCCUCUGAAUCGCAACUUCCAUCGUCUUCGCCCCUCAAUAUCGACAUCGAUUCCAUUGCAGAUGACAAAGAUUUCAUUCUCAGUCAGGAUUUCUUUUGUACUCCUGACUAUAUCACUCCGGAUGGCCAAUAUAUCUCCAAUUUGGAUUGCAACAAGGAAAAUAUUUCUUGUCCCAAGUCACCAGAGAAACUAAAAACUGUCAAAAGCAAAAGGCAAAGGCAGGAUGGUAUCUCUGAUUUCAGUUCCAACUUAUCUUGCCAUGACCAAACAGUAGAACUUCCCAAAGAUGCUUUUGGAAUAGAUGAAAUCAUGACAGAGAAAGCUGUAGGAGCUGAAUCUCAAAAGAUUCAUAGUUAUGUUUCACAGUCAGCAGUUGCUUUACGUUGUCGGGUUAUGCCUCCUCCAUGCAUAAAGAAUCCAUGCAUAAAAGAUGUGUCCAAAAUUGAUAUAGAUCCUUUCAGCAAUCGAAGAUCAAAGUGUGCAGGUAUUUUUCCUACAACUAUUGGUGGAGAUGGCCUUUCACGUUACCGAACAGAUUUUCAUGAAAUUGAGCAAAUUGGUAAUGGAAACUUCAGCCAUGUUUUCAAGGUCCUGAAGAGAAUUGAUGGUUGCUUGUAUGCAGUGAAAAAAAGCACAAGGUUGUUACAUCAAGACAUGGAAAGGAGAAAAGCUUUGAUGGAGGUUCAAGCUUUGGCUGCUUUAGGAUUCCAUGAAAACCUAGUUGGAUACUACUCUUCUUGGUUUGAAAAUGAGCAGCUCUUUAUCCAGAUGGAGCUCUGUGAUCACAGCCUAUCCAUCAGAAGAUCUAAAUUAUUUACAGAGGUAGAGGUGCUGGAAAUAUUACAUCAGAUAGCCAAGGCAUUGAAGUUCAUACAUGAGAGGGGAAUAGCCCACCUAGAUGUGAAGCCUGAAAAUAUUUAUGUCAAGAAUGGUGUUUACAAGCUAGGUGAUUUUGGGUGUGCAACUCUCAUUGAUAAGAGCCUGCCAAUUGAAGAGGGUGAUGCACGGUAUAUGCCCCAAGAGAUACUGAAUGACAACUAUGAUCAUCUUGACAAGGUCGAUAUCUUCUCCCUGGGAGCUGCCAUCUAUGAGCUUAUUAGGGGGUCAGCAUUGCCGGAAUCAGGGCCUCUUUCCUUGAAUCUUAGGGAAGGAAAAUUGCCACUCCUUCCUGUCCACUCAGUGCAAUUUCAUAACUUGCUAAAGGCCAUGAUGGACCCAGAACCAGUUCGGCGACCUUCUGCUAAUGAACUGGUAGACUAUCCCAUUUUCGACAGGGGCCAAAGAAUUGUGAAAGCCAAGUAAUGCCAGUCUCCUACAUUUUGAUUUUGGCACAGGCCUGAUGCUGCAUAGAGGUUAGUUGCUCGGUUUUUAUAAUUAACCCACAAGAACAAAGGGGCAUGCAGCAGAAGAUUAUGCAUGUCCCAAUUUUGUUACAUUAGUUCUCCAGUAUUUGCAUCAAAAUUUGCCCUAAAAAGAAAAUAGCAAACUGGAGAAUUGUUGUAUUUUAUUGUGAAUUUGGUAACACAGUCCCUUGCACUGUACUGUCAACUGUUGUCUUAUUUAUUUUAUUCUUCACUUGCCUUCAUUGAA